CAUAACCACUGCUACUGCUACUACUGCUGCUGCUGUCAUCCUAACCUUCUAUUGCAAUUGCAGUACGACUAGAUUCAGAUUCAGAUUCGGUAGGAGCUCUGCAACGAGACCUUAAAUUUCUUCUAGACCAAAACAACGAGAUGACAAACCCAUGUGCUUUGGUUUAAAUGUGACAAAGCCGGAACAAAACAUUGUGACUGCCAAAUAUAUCCUUUUAAGUUUAUUGGAAAGGAAGUCAUGGAAAAUCUGAAGGUUUUCCUAGAAGAGAAGGUUAACAGAAGGUCCUCCUACUGCGGUGAAGAUUCCUGGGUUUCUCUGAAUGAAAAUUUGAAUAGAUGGAAAGAGCAAGACGUUCUUCAUAACUAUGAGAGUGCUGUCUUUAAGGUCAAUGCUGGUGUUAACAGAUGCGAUACUUUUAGUCUUAUACAUGGUUGUGUUCAUGUUUUACAUUCCAUCGCAAGGAAAAGCAAACAUCCCUUUGCUCUGGUCCCAGAAGAUUGCAAAAAACUAUGUACUGCAGCUAUGCGUGAUUUACAAUUUCUGAAAGAAAGAAAAUUUCUUGAUAAACAUGUGUUUGUUACAGGACUUUUAAGUACUGAGUUCACCUUUCCCCUGGAAGUGAUUUGGGAGCUGCACAAAGCAGAUAUUUUACAAAUCUCCUCGUAUGUGUUAAAGAAAUUUCCGGUAGGGAGCGAUUCAGUUUUAUCAUCUUCAGUUUUAUGGCUGCUACUCAACUCCAAAAAUUCUCCUGAGUAUGUUGAGAUUGUCAUCGAUGUUUUUGCAUCACUUCUGUCUGCUAGUCAGUCAGGGCCCUUCAAUGUUCAAUUAUCAACAAUUUGUGCAGUCAAUUUGAAGAAAUGUACAGAUGAGAUUAUCAGAUGGGUGCUUGAUUCACCUCCACUCUGCUCAGAAUCAAUUGACUUCAAUUUUCUAUCAUCUGCCAAGUUGUUGUCAACUUGUGGGUCUGAAGCAAUUGAGCAAUUUAUACUUACAUAUUUUCUACUUCCUCUUUGUGAGCAAAAUGAGCCCAAUUCUAUUCAAUCAUUGUUGCAUGCAGUUGAAAUGCAAGAGAAGACAACUCUUGAAACUGUAUCAAAUUCUUACAGAAGUCUACUUGUUUCAAUUGUGAGAGCCUUAGGUGAUGAUAAAGUAGUUAGUCAGAUAUGUGCCGCAGUAGUUAAGCCUUCUGUUAACUUUAAAGUAAUUUUCUUGUUGACUGCUGCUGUGUUGUCUGAAAACCCUGAAUGUUGUGAAAACUUUCAGAGACUCAUUGAUGAACUUAUUCAACUUGGACUUGAAGGAGGACGGCAGACUGAACUCUCAGCAGGAUUCCUCUUAGCUCGACACUGCUGCACCUGUGAUAGUAAAACAUUUUCAACAUACUCCUCCUGGUUCAGUUCUUACUUUGGACCCGAUUCAGCAACUGCUAGGAAUGCAGUUCACUUUCAGUCUCUAAUGCAGCUACUUACAGAUAUUGUGCCAGUUGAUUCUGCUGAGAAUCUGAGGGUUCAUAUCAACAAGGUACCACAAGCCCCUACAAGUUGCAACUCAAUUUUGCAUGAUUAUACAGUUCUAGCUCGGACCCGUUUAGCUGAUUUAAAUGAAACUUCUGAAUUGGCUGGUCUCUUUUCUGAUAGCAGACAAGAAACAUACCCAGGGCUU